UCCUACUUGCGCACUACCCCACAGUACGUCACUCAUUCAAGAUGCCAUCCCAUCUCUCACCGGUGCUGUUCGAUUCAUCAGCUGCUCGUAUCAGCAUCUUUCAAAUGUCGAACUCACUAGGCACUGGAUUGUUGGAUGACUACAUCGGACUCGUAGUGAAUCAGAAGCUUCGAACUGAAUUAUUCGUCUUGUCGUUUUUGCUCAAGGACCAAGUCUAUCCUGCUGAUCUUUGGGAGCUAGUUGGGGAGCGCAGUAUAGAAGCGAAGCAGGAAGAAACAUUGCGAUUGCAUCAGAGCUCCUGUACUGGUGGAGAUGACGGAAGUCAUGCAAUUGUGGAACGACUUCUGAUAGAAGAAAGGAAGAAACGGUGUCAAAUAGAGGUGUCUUUGUACAGCCAGGCUAUCGAACGCCUCGAGCAAUAUCGGACGCCAUUAACGCACGUCAACGAUCCGGCCAAACGUGAGAUUAUGACACCCUCAGCAAUGUCGAAGAAAGAGGUCGCACCUUUGACCUGUUCGAUAGCUACGCAAGAGAUGUGCGAAGAUUGGCUAAUGAGGAACGAAGCCCACCUCAUACCAGCUGCAGAACCCUUCAUUGAAAAUUAUUCACCUUUGGACGGCUCUACUGUGUCAAUACUGGAUCAGUUAACCACCGCACAGGAAGAAAAAUCAAAAUCCGCCAUUUUGAACCACAUCACCCCCUCGUUACCUCUGUUGAGCACGUGGGUCACCGCUAGAGCCCAAGAAGCCUUAUAUGUGGCAUUCAAAAUAGAACUAGCCAGUCAGGCGGAGCUGAUGGCAAGGUCAUUUGCCAACAAGCGUGACAGCGCUUAUAUGCGCCCUCUUGAGCGCGAUUUGUUCACCUUGCAAGCAAAGAUGCGCCGAGCCGAGGCCGAGAUAGAAUUGUAUACGCUUGCGAUUGAAAAUACCCAUGAAUUCAAUUUCUCUGACAACAGUUCAUCGACGUCCUCUGAUCAAAGUAUUCCGCUGUCUCUGUCCAAGGAAGUAUAUCGUCGCCAGGAGGACGACGUCGACGAUGAUACGGACGAGGACUACCAAUUUUGGUAAUGUAGGUUUUCAUGUAACGGUCCAUCCUGUGAAGGUACAUAUUAAUGUUAGUUGCUACUAAUCGAAAGGUCGGAGACCUCUGAACUUACCUGCAGGUUGGUGAAAACUUAGACUUGG